AUGUAUCAUCUCUCUCUCAUUGACUAUAAAACACCGAAGUCCCGCCUCGAGUAUCUGAAGUCUCGCUUCGCCCGCUCGAGUGCGUAUGAAGAAGAAGUCCGUAUGAAAUGGAAGGCUUUCGCAAACCAACGGCCUUCGAAGGGCGAUAUCGAGCAAUGGUUGACAGCAUGGGAUAAUCUAAGGGAACAAGCUGUUAGCCUCGAUCUGGAUGAAGUAAAAAGCGCAAACCGUGAUUCCCUUCAAGCUGUGAAAGAAGUGCUGCCUAUUUGGUGGCAGGCAAAAUACCAAGAGAUAGUGAUGGAUAAGAAGACUUACCAAACCCGCGAUCUGAUCGAGUCAUUCCGCGCGAUGUAUCGUGAACUAGGCCCGAAGCAGGCCUCAACGAUGACAAAAGGUAUCUUCUCUACCUGGCAAGGUCAGCAAGAGGCUAAGCUGCAAGAGGCUAAGCUGCAAGAGGCUAAACAGCAAGAGGUCGAGAAGUCUGACCCGAAACCACUGCCGUUUAAGAAACGCCUAUGUCCGUGCAGCCGUCCAAAUAGUAAGGGCAAGCACCGAGUAGCCACCUACUACACCCUUAAUGAGGGGUGUAGACCAUCGUGGUUUAAACCUGAUGAUCGCGAUGUGACACGGGCAAAGAAAGCAUUAGAUGCCGAUCCUGCUUGGAAAGAAUGGGUUGAGAAACAAAUCGCUGAAGCACAGGCCGGUCAGGAAGAUCAGCCACGAAAAGAGACAUCAAAUGCAGUACAGAUUAUGGAGGAUCUAGCGGAUGAACCAGAGGAACUACCUCCCUCCAAACCUGCUUUGCAACAAGCGAGCCACAUAUCUCAGAGAAAGUGCUAG